AUGACAAGUGCUCUAAUUGGUUAUAGUGUAUUAUUCUAUAUAUCUGCAUCGUAUGUUUCUGUGUUGUAUAUUACAGCCAGGGAUGCGGAACAAUACAAGAGGAAACGAGAUGAUCCUCGAGUGAUAAGAUCCCGUAUGAAAAGGAUAAGUUUGUUGACCAUAUUUAAUAUUUUUUUCAUACCUUUAUUACAAACGAAGUUUAAUAAAUCCAAUUAUAUUAAUAACUUAUUAAAUUUAGGUAUAAUACCAGGUAGACAGCUCAAUGGACAAUGGAAUAACACGUUAUAUUUUAAGAAUUUUUUUGAAAGUUUAAUAUUAAUUUGUCAAUUAUAUAUUGGUCCCAUAAUUGACACAAUUUUAUAUUAUGUUGUAUCAAAUUGUAGUAGUUUAAUUUCAGAUAUUAAUGAUUUAUAUAAUAAUAUCUGGAGUGUGAGAAAUAAUAUCUUUGCGCCAAUAACCGAAGAAAUUUUUUAUACAUCCAUGUUAUUAACCACAUACAUGACCUUUUUCGAUGAUGGAGAUUUGACAUUUAAAAAAUUAUUAAUUGAACCACCACUAUUUUUCGGUAUUGCACAUAUUCAUCAUUCCUAUGAAAUUUAUUUAUUAGGCACUCAAACAAUUAUAAGCAUUAUAAUCAGUACGACAUUUCAGAUUUUAUAUACAAGUUUAUUUGGUAUAUUAACAAAUUAUAUUUUUUUAAUCACACACGGUAAUUUGUUAUCAUGCAUUAUAUUGCAUAGUAUUUGUAAUAUAAUAGGUUUCCCCAAUGGCUCAGAAUUAAUAUCCUAUCUAACAAUAAUCAAGCCCUCAAAUUCAAAUAUUAUGAAACGAUUAUUGCAAAUUUGGCAAAAAGUGUAUAUCGGAUUGUUAGUUAUUGGUAUAAUACUAUUUGCAAAAGGAUUAGAUAAUUUUACACAAAUAUAA